AUGUGGCCCAUCUACUACGCCCUCGGCCUUACCUUCCUCGGUACACGUACCACGCUCUCGCUCCGGAACCUCGGCUUCACCACGACGCAGUCGAACCUCCUCUCCGUGCCAUCGAAGGUGCUCGAGGUGCUCCUCCUCCUCGCCUCCUGCUACCCCUCCUCGAUCAUCAACUCCCGCGUUGCCGCCACCGUCCUGCUUCAGCUCUGGGCGCUCCCCAGCUCGUCGCGCUCUCCACGUUCGGCGCGCAGACGAUCCCGUAGGGCGUACCUCGCCGUCGUCUCGCUCUCACAGGCUUCCCGUACGUGCGCCCGGUGCACGUCGCGUGGCGUCGAGGAGCUCAUCUGGGUCGGGACGUGGACGGCGUCCGCGUCGCUCUCCACCAUGUUCGUGCAGGCUGGCGGGAUCGUCGCGGUGCGGAGUCAAGGGAUUCUGUUCCGGGCAGACGUGUACCGGGACGACGACAAGGCACGUCGCCCGCCCAAGCUCGGUUUGCGCUCCGCAUCCCCGCGGUUGCUCACGGCCUCCUUUUCGUUCUUGACAGCCUCUCUGUCAGUGACCCGGCGCACCGAUGGGAUGCGCCAGGUUGACACGGCCGUGCAGACAAACGUGGGAACCGCGCGCUCAUCGCGGUCACGGUGA